AUGGCAAAUGAACGUGGUGAAUCACCAUUGAUCCUGUUCCUAAUCAUCAAGUUAUUAGAGUUGAUAGGCUUUGUAUUCGCCUUUGUAGCUCUACCCUUUACACUCUACUCAAGACUAGUUUUUUGGACUAUCAAGAACCAAGAUAUACUCAAGUCUAGAAAAUGGCAUCUAAUACUUGGUAUACCUAGAGUAUUGGUAUUGAUACCAUUCUUCCCAUGGGCACUACUGGCCCUUUCAUAUCUUUAUAGCUUGCAACUUAUUGGCUUGGUACAGGACACUGAGAUGGCGGGACAUCCGUUAGUCGGUCCCCUGGCCACAUUCGUCUGUACACUGAUCGUCAAUUCGAUUGGCUACACAUUCACUGGCUACAAGUUCGCAUCUUUCAAGCCAGAAUUCAAACGAUACUUUGAAGCAGUUGGCGAAUGUCUGUUGGAUGUUGGCGCGGCAGUAUCCCUUGUCGCCACGGUAUGCACAGUGAUCCGCAUACCAUUCCUUGUAUAUACUCUGGUGGUUGGAACACCAACAUCCGUGCGUCAUAGUAGUCAAGAGCAUCUAAAGUCCUACCGAGCACAACUAUACUGUCAUGCGUUACUUAUCAUUCCUGACCUACUCUGUCUACCUAUCCUACUGCUCUCAGUCAUCUUCCACUGGCGUUUCCGCGACAUCAAGGCCUAUUGCCAACGUCACAACUACACAGCCAUCGACUACUCAUUCUCUAUUGACGUGCGACUCUGUGUGCUCGUACAACUCUUCAUGCUAGUGAUCAACAUUCUUGAGGCCAUAGCGUCUGUUCUUCUCAUAUUGGUGCCAUAUCGAAUACCGAUUGCCUAUCGACUGGCCCGUGCUUCUCAACACGCCGAUCAGGCACUAGGAGAGGUGUUCUGGCAAGCUUGUGAGGGACUGCUCGACAUCAUCGUCUUUGCCCUGUUCCUUGUGUUCCUCGUCCCCACUGUAUACCGUGUGCCAAUUACCAUCCGCCAAAUGCGUGCACAAGACCGCGCGGGUCUACGACGCGAGACAGUAAUCAAACAUAUAUUACUUAUCUUCUUGGAUAUCCUCGCGACCUUUUGCGGCGCAUGUCUUCUUGCCACGAUAUACCGUCUGCCGUCAUGCUACAGACAGCUGAAGGAGGAUCGCUUCAAUCACUAUCACUCAACAAUCUUCCGUGAAUGGGUCUAUUUGAUCGUGGACAUACCCUACAUUGUCAUGGCACUCACAGUCAUAUGUACAGUAUGGCGCGCAUUCUUUAUGUAUCGCGAUAUCCAGGCGGCCACCUCGCGAAGCCAGCGACACAAGGCAAUCAGUGAUAACUUCUCAAUGCUUUUUGUGGACAUCAUUGACACGCCAUUCGUCAUAUGUUCAUUGGCCAUAUUGUUGACAGGUUGGCGUGCCUACCACUUCAUCCAGGCGUACCCACCAGGCGCGCCACGAAAGACUCAGCGCAUCUACAUACUCAAGCAAUUCCUAAUGUUGGUACUCGACAUCCCAACACUUGCCGCAUUUAUCAUACUCAUGGUCACAGUAUAUCGCGCCAAGGACACACUCAAUCAACUCAAAAGCGCCAAACUAUUCACAAUCAAUCGUCGCCAAGCGACCUCAGCCUCAGCCCCACCCGCACCUCCAACCCUACCCCCGUCUUCCGUCGAUCGUGACAACGACGAAGAUGAAAACCCAGCGCCUUCAACGACCAUGAGCGAGACAUCUGGCCAACUACCAUUGGCCUGGCAUCCAAUCGUGGGUAAACAGUUCUUCUUGCUGCUGCUCGACAUCCCAUUCCCCGUGCUAUUCCUGCUUACACUUUGGAGGAUGCCAAUGUUGUACUCGCGAUUGAAGGAAAUCGAUGACUCUGAGCCCGAGCGCAGAUAUACUCAACAACGCCUGCUCAUUCUACGAUAUGUAUUGGCAGUGUUGAUGGACAUCAUCUGUUUGGUACCACUUGCAUUCAUUGUAAUCACAAUGUGGCGUAUACCUUCAUUAUGGAGAAUGAUCAAACAACAUAGACGUGGAGACAAUGAGCAUCGUGCCGUGGCCAUCCUGUUCCAAAAGACAUUGAUCGAUGUACCCUUUGCUCUACUUGGCCUUUGCACCAUUGUCAUGCCAUGGCGCUUCAUGUCCAUGGCGCGUUCACUACUUUACAAAGAGUUCAAGUCUGACAUGGAAGCAAGAGUGAUGGUCCUUGGCCACUUUGGACUGAUCUUUGUUGAUCUAUUCAUCAUCAUACUUGCAACGAUCACAUUGGUUACUGGAUGGAGGAUUAUGGAUGGAGUGAGAGAGUAUAAGAGGUAUCUUAGAGAUAAUCCGAAUAAUGAGUGGAAGUAUACUUGGGCAGCAAUCCACGCGACAGGACUUAGUUGUACAUUGAUAUUGUUGGAUCUUUUGGCUGUUCUACAGAUAUUAUGUAUCACAGUGAUAAUGAUCAGAUUGCCCCAGCUGAUCAAGGCAUUGAGGAACAAUCAUCCAGUACCCCUGCCACCCCAGGAGGUCUACUCCAGGAAUAGGAGAAGAAGACACUACCCAAGGAAGGUACAUCCAGUCAUUGUCCCAAUGCCUGCUGCCACAUCUGAUGAUCACUCUAGCACAAGCGACGAAUCAAAGAGCGAGCCAGCACCAGCACCUGUGGUACAGAUGCACACCAUCUCCUGGCGUGCAAUCAUUGCAUUCUACUUUAUGGAGACACUGAGAGACAUUCCAAACAUUGUUCUGUUGCCACUAAAGGUGGCUGGCAUCGCCUUCAUCCCCAUCCACAUCUACUUGGCGCGCAGAACACAAUCAAACAAGAUAUCAUCACUCAAUGAUGCCAUGCUCUGGCUGCACCGACUGGCCAUUCACUUCAGCACCGUUCUCGAGUUUGACAAGUUCACCACAGUCAACAUGUUGGGAUGUCUAUUGAUCGUGCCCAAUGAGAUGGCCAUGGCGUUGGUCGCCAUCAACUCAAUCUACCUGUUCAUCGUCACACUUGGCAGUCCUCUGUGGAGCCAGUGGCGUGUGAACCACAAGUGGACCAAGUUGGGCGAUGCCAAGGGUAUGUUGUCCAUCUUGGAGACCAUCAUUGCGCUGCUCCAGGCCACCACCUUCCCCUUUUAUGUCUGUCUCCAGCUCGUGUUGGCGACGCUCCCACUAUAUCUCUUCGAAGGCCCAGACAACCAUCCAGUUUCGACAGCCAACCAGACCUGGCGCAUGCUCAUUCAAGAUCCUCGAUCAAUCACUUUGGACCACCUGAGAUACCCACAAUCAAUCCAUGACUAUUGGAUGGGCGUCACAUCCGUUCACUCACAAGAGGUGAGAUUGAUGCAUGCUGGAUGGAUGCUCAUUAUGUUCUUGGCAUGGACUGGCACGACAAACUUGGCAAGGCUACACGUACCACUAUACGCGCCAAUUCAAUCAUACGUUUGGAUUGUGCGCAAGGUGUUUGUUGGACGUUUCUGGAAGUUGUAUAGAGGCAUCUUGGCACGUGGCACAUAUCGUUGCUUCCAACUGCGCCAUACCAUGUUCAUUGGAGAACUGUUGAUGUUCCCAUUGUUCGUCGUAUGGACGUUCAGCCCGCUGGCCAUCCCGCGAGUGGUCCAGGCGGCCGAUGCACUUGGCAUCACGCCAUUCGUGCUCAUGACAUUGUUCCUGUGCUUCAAGAGCUAUGACAUCAUCAAACAGGCUUGGAGCGAACCGGUGGACAUUAGCAAGUUGGAUCCAUUGAUCAUACUCACUGCGGUCAAUGUACGUCUGCCAGAGUCAGGUGGCAUCGUUGUCACUUUGGAGGGAACACGUCGAGAGUCUUGCAAGGAUAACGUCGACGAGGCAUAUCUUCAGUUGGAGAGCAAACCAUUGUGGCGUGCAAUUGAAGGUCUGUUUGGUCGUACCAAGAUACGUCUAGCACUAAUGGUUAUUGGAUAUCCAAUAUCAUUAUGUCCACGCUUCAUGGACAACAAGGUCUUGGAAGUGUCUGUGGACACUAUAGGAGUUUCCAAGGAACAAGAACAUGUCGACGGCACCUCCACCUCCACGUCAUCCAGCUCCACUUCAAGUGAUCUGAUCAAGUUGGACAUAUCCAUUGGUAUCCAAGGUCAGGACUUCAAAUUGGCCAAGACUACCAUUUGUAACAUUAUUAAUGAUAUCACCAAGAAGGAUGAUCCUUUGAUAGAUGUAAUUAUAGAGUAUGGCAACAAAAAGACCAAGGGUCUGUUGUGUCGCUUCAAUACCAAGCUCUCAAGUGUAUUGGAAUGUAGGGAUGUUGACACCAGACAUUGUCUAUGGCAACCUACCAAAGAUGUUCACAAUGAUACCAGCUCAACAACAAGUUCAUCCAAUGAUAAUGUCGGUCUGAGACACAGACCAAACUCACAAUCAACAUACUCUGUUGAAACAGUUGGAGAGUGA